AUGGCUGCUGCUGUUCAACAAGGUUCCGGCAGGAUCGAGGACUUCGAGGUCAAGGGAGAUGCACCUUACUUUGCAGAAGAGAGAGAAGGAUGGAAAGGUUACGUUGAGUGGGAGAAAUACCCAGAAAAGGCAAAGCAAGCUCAAGAAGUCCUGGCCAAGUAUGAUUUCUCAAAGCCGCCGGAGUUUCAGCUCGUGCCUUUGCCGGAUACCAAUCCGAUAUUGGAAGGUGUGCGAUGGAAGCAAUAUCACUAUGCUAUGGGAGAGACAUUGAAGGAUCUUCCUGAAAAAAGCUGGAAAUACGUUCAAGAUGAAAAGAGCAAAGACAUGAUUCACGUCCUACAAUUCCCCUACAAUGGAGAACCACCAAGAGAACGCCUAGUGGAAACCGAAAUCACAAACAACAAAGACCACUUUGUCCGCAACCACGGCGGAAUUCCAGAAAUCGACCCAGAGCAAUACACCCUCGACAUCGAAGGCCUCGUCAACAGCCCCAAACGCCUCACUCUCGCAGACCUUCAAAACGAAGAUUUGUUUCCCCGUCAAAGUAACGUUGUAAGCUUGCAAUGCUCAGGAACCCGUCGUAUUGAGCAAAUCCAUGAAUAUCCCGGUGAUGGCGACGAGCUUAUCAAUGCACCUUGGGGUGAAGGCGCCAUUGGAACAGCAAGAUGGACAGGUGUAAGUUUGAAAAAAGUGAUCAAGUAUUGUGGUGGGCUUAAAGAUGAGGGAAAAGGUGUGCAUCUUGAGUUCUAUGGCGCGGACACUUAUUUUAAAAAGGGCAAGGCGUAUAAUUAUGUGGUUAGUGUGCCAUGGAGGAAAGUCAAGAUCAACGAGGUACUACUGGCUUGGGAGAUGAACGGAGAGCCAUUACCAAAGAUCCAUGGGUUUCCCUUGAGAACGGUUGUAUUUGGCUACAUUGGAGCCAGAAGUUGCAAAUGGCUCUACAAGAUCAAAGCCAUCAAAGGACCCAGUCUCGCACCCGUCCAAUCGAAAGAAUACCUCUACUACACACCCCAAAUCGGAAAGCAAAACGCCAUGUACAGCAACGGAUUCAGCAUCCAAGAUAUGCCCGUGUCAUCCGCCAUCAUGACACCCAUCAACAUGUCUCAAAUCGUCCACUCUGGAAAAAUAAAGAUGAGAGGCUGGGCAUACUCAGGAGGUGGACAUUGGCCUGUCCGUGUCGAAGUCAGUGGUGACGGUGGAAGCAUCUGGUACGAAGUCCCCUAUGAGAAUCUGAGCAAGAAAUACUAUCACGCUUGGAGACUUUGGGAGAUUGAAUUACCUGUGGAUGCGGAGGGUUGGUUGGAGCUUUGUGUGAGGACUUGGGAUAAUGCUAUGAAUACCCAACCCACAUAUGUUCGCUCGGCUUGGAAUUGGGAUUUGCACGUUACUUCGAGUUGUCAUCGUGUCAAGGUUUACAGUAUCAACAAGAGUAAGCCGCUUACUGCUGCUAGGCUCAGGGUGUUGGAGGAGAAGGGUGUACCGAUUGUGCCCAUCACUCAUCCUAUGGAGUUUGAUCUUGAGAGUGAAGAGCACUACCAAGAGGAGAUGAGAAAGCAAGGCGGUCGCGACCCUGAGGAGUAG